AUGUCGGAACGGUACUCAGCAGAGUUCCUACUGCACCUGCGCGACUCGCCGCUAUGCGUGAAGCCUCCAAACCUUCCUCCUGCUGAGGAGUGGAUGGGACCACCCCCGGAGACCUUCCGGAACCAACAGAAGGCCGCUGGCGACCGCCACAAACCUGGCGAUGGCGGGGCGCUGCUAACUCAGGACAACAAACGCCCCACUCACGACCGCAAUGGGUCUAGAAACUCUGCGAACCCGGACGAGAUCAUUCUUGGGCCCCCACGAACCAGCUUCGCAUCGGCAUCUGCCACAUCAAUGCGUGGCCCCCGAAAUGGCGAAGCCGAGAAGGGAUUUAGAGACACCGAGCGCAACGACCGCUUCAACUUCCGCAACCGUACCGGCGACUCGGAAAACCCCGCCGAUAGAUUCAGCAGAGACACAAGAGAGGGUCGCAACAAUGGCUUCCGCCGCCGCACCGACCAGGACCAGGACAACGAAGGCUGGAGUACCGUGAAACCACGUAAGAGCUUUGGUCACGAAGGCGCCGAGCGUUUCCAUGGACGUAUGGGAGGUGUGGGCAAUGAUCGCUUUGCCCCGCGGGACGACACUCGACGUACGCGUGAGCGUGAUGACCGAGAGGGAGGAGAACGUCGCAGCCGCAACUUUGAGCACCGUCCGCGAGACCAAGAGGGUGAUGAGCCCGAGACACCACGCCGCAAUGGGCUUCCUCGGGGCAAGACGGAGUCUUGGUUUAGGGAUAAUGCCACUGGUAGUAGCUCGGAGGCCGCCCCUCCUCUGUCCCAGCGUGAGCGAAUCGAUAGGGCCAAGAGUUGGCGUGAUCGAGACCCGGAAGAUAAGCCGAACGACAGAUAUGGGGACCGGAAUGACAAGGGUUAUGAUCGGAGGUGGGAUCGCGAUCGUCAUGCACGUGUCGAGAACGACCCCGAGUGGCUGGACGAGCCUCUGGAAGAAAAGACUCAGAGCCACACCGAAGACGAUUUGAAGAAAUUCCUGGAUAGCAUGAAGGCGGGCAGGUCGGGCGGUGCCCCGAAGCCGGAGGAGAAGGCUAGCAGCGGGGGCGGAGCAUUUGACCAGCCGUUGGCUCCAGCGAUUGCUGAGGAGCACAAGGUUGUCUCGGCGCCUGCCGUUGAGUCGGGCCCGGACAAGUUCUUUGCCGCUUAUGGGAACUCGGGUAUUGACGCUGGCACUCCCACUGCCGAGGCCAAGGACGCCGCAAAACCCAAGGCAGGAAAAUCCUCGCGGUUCAUGGCCUUCCUGGCACCUCAGGAGGAAACCAAGGCCCGAACGGAGCCUCCAACACCCGCAGCUGUGGCGCAAACAAGCUCUGGCCCUGCACCCACCCAGCAGAGCGAUGCUGAUAAGGAAGCAUUUGCUCUCCUCAUCCAAAAACUCCAGCGAUCCGGGUUUGGACCGGCCCUGCAAUCGGGCGCGCCCCCGGCGCAGACACCCCCCGACAGGUUCCCGGAAACGUCGCCUUUCCAAGGGUUCCAGCAACAGCAGAAGAGUGCUGUCGCCUCUCCCGAGCCAUUCCAACAGUAUGGCAACGGGAACAACGGUGGCGAAAGGCGUGACGAUCUACGCAUGCGAGGCUCGCAACAUUCUAUCCACGACAUGAUUUCUCCCCGUCCAGCUGGUCUCCCUAUGCCGCCUCCGCCCGCAACCCGGCCGGAGCAGGCUUUGCAGGAUCUCUUGGCCCAGCGCCACCUCAUGCCUAGCCAGUCGAGCACGCGUUCCGAGCAACAGAAUAUGGUUGCCGUGAACCGCAACCGAGAGUUUCUGGUGGGCCUCAUGCAAGGCCAACGCGAAUCACCCGACCAGCAACGCGCCGAGCAACACCACCUCAUGCGCAUGCCCCAACCAACCAAGCAGGCCUCGCUCGCUAACGUACGCGACCGCGAGCAAGAUUACCCCCGCGAGCGGAGCGCGUCCCAGCGCCAACAGAUGCGCGGCGCUCCCCCCGGCUUCCUCGAAGAGAACCAGUUCCACCCAGGCGAUAUCGAGGCCCGCCCGCCUAUGCAGCCGACCCAGAUUUUACAGCGCCCUCCUCCGCCAGGUCUCGAACACCAGAUGCCCCCCUUCCACACGGGCGGAGUCAACCCUAGUGCCGGAGGUGGUCAAAUGCCCCCUCAGCGACCCAUGAUCCCCCCCCCUGGGCUGAUGAACAACGGUCCCCGCAAUAUGCCUAUGCCGGGCAUGUUCCCGCCCAACUUUCCGCCUCCACACGGCCAUAGCGGACCUGGCAACUUCCCACCGGGACCCCCUCCUCCCCAUGCCGGCGGCCCCCCACCACCCGAUGGUAUGGGCGGUCCCCCGCCCGGUCCUCCGCGCUCGAUGCAGCCUCCUCCCGGAUUCUUUGGAGGCCCGCCGCCUGGUUUCAUGCCUCCUCCCGGCAUGGUUGGUGGUGGUAGUGGAUUCCCAGGCCCUGACGGCCCACAAGGCGGCCCGAAUCCGGGGCUCGGCCCAGGUCCGGGACAUGGUGCUAUGGGAGGUGGCUUUGGUGGCUUGCCUAGCCCUUUUGAGAGGCUGGAGCGGAUGGGUGGAAUGGAUAGGCGUGGGAUGAUGCCGCCGCCUCCGGGGGGAUUCCGGGGCGCUUAA